AUGUCACCUUUGGGCCAAGCAGGUACCGAUCUCUUCAACCUUGACAUCCAUCAAGAUCUCUCAUCAAUCUCGACGGCACCCAAGAUUCUCCGGACAUCUACCAGUACCGCAGAGACAGAAAAGUCUACUACCGUCGCGAUCAUGUCAUCAUCCAUGAGAAGACUCGACAUCCAGAAGGCCAACAAGAUGAACGCCUCUCAUUCCGAGUCUCGUGACUCCGGUUUCGCCUUGACCCCUGAUUCACCCGCUUUUCCUGUCGCUCCAGUCAGCGCCACAGUUGACGGUGUCUCCUACAGCGCAAGGGAUAUCGAGAGAAUGGGCCGUACCCUCAAGCAAGCCCGUGCUGAUGGUGCAUUCCCCUCGACCACCACUCCACUCUACAACAUGGAGAUCAUGAUCCACGACUACAGCCGCCUCGUCGAACUCUCAGAGGUUCGCCGCGGCAUGCCUCCCCGCGAAUGGAACCGCGAUCGUCGUUCUGUUGAGCUCUACCUUCAGAUUGCCCGAGAGUUCCAAGAGCGCGAUGAGCUCCACAGUGAAGACGUUGAACAGGUCAACAUGAGCGCACGCGCGCGCAGUUUCGAGACUCGCGCCAACGACGAGGCUACUCUGUACGCAAUGGUUCGUCAUGCGCUCAACUCUAUCGUUCAUGGCACUGCUCACGGUCAGGCGACUCCUGGUGUCGACAUUCCUGCCGUUCUCACCGAGAUUCGCGACUCAUUGAUCGGCCAAGCUGUUCGCGGCGAGAACGGUGUUACCGAAGCUAACGUUGAAUAUGUCAUUCAACACGUUUUCAACACGAUUGACCAGUCUCUCGAGGCUCAAGUCAGCACCUUGGGCAACGUGGCCGACACUCAGCGUGCUCAGGUCAACGCCAUUGCCGGUCAUGUCGGCGCCAUCGACAACCACGUUCAUGCCAUGGGCCACAACGUCAACUCCAUGGGGUCUCUUGUCAACUCUACCAACAGCAACGUCAACGGCAUGACUACUCAGGUCAACAUGCUUCAGACUAUCGUCAACAUGCUUCCUGAGAUGGUCAGUCGCUCCAUUCAGCAGAGCCUUCCCGAACUCAUACAGGCUGGCGUCGAAGGUGCCAUCAGCGAUGAGCUCGUCGCUCGACUGGAGUUAUUCGUUGGCACCAUGCAGGGUAUGCGUGCUCGCGAAGCAACGACCAGCCAGGGCGCUCCUGUCUCUGAGAAGGGCAACAAAGUGAGCAAGAAGUAUUCCAAGAAGCCCUGCUUCAUCAAGAGGCUCUUUUCCUCAAAGAAGCACGGUGGCGGCUCCGGCGGUCAUGGUUCUUCUAGUUCAGGCCUUGCUCACUAG